AUGGCAGGUCUUGGGCGGUCAGCAGCCGCUGCGAUGGCGGCACUAGCGCUAUCUAUGGCGCUUUUGCUGACGACAAUAAGAGGAGGAGAUGAGUCGACAAGCUCCAGAAGUGUGCUUUACAUCUUUGGGGGGGAUGGGAUGGUGAAGCCGUCAGCCAGCGCAGAGCUCGAGUCAUAUGCAAACAUUCUCACGUUUCCCAACUCAAACUCGCAUGCUGACUCGUCAUCCUCGCCGGCUGCCAAGCAGGAUCAUUCGCCCGAAGUCAGCGAGCAGUCGAAGUGGGCGAUCAGAUACCUGCAGACGGGAAAACUGUUUCAGGGAGAGAAGAGUGGUCAUCCUGCCACUGGUGUAGAUUGCUAUUACAAGCACCCUGCUAGCUACUGCGCGCGACGAGAGCAGUCCUUGAAGGGCUCAGGAUCAGCAUCCACAGCAAAGCCAUCAGUCGGGGGCACCUACGAUGCGGACUGCUUCUUCUAUCACAGCGUUGACUAUUGCAUGCGUCUCAAAGCUGAAGAGUCGAAGGUACAACAGCAGUCGCUCAACCACGUGAAUGCCCAGGAGAAAAGCUUGAAGAAGGCUGCUCCUCCAACUCCACGACCUCAGACUCGCACCUCGCACUCUGUUCCUGCUCUGUCGCAUCCACCUGCCGACGUUCAUGUGAAAGUUGCAAAAGUCAAGAUGGAGGAGGAGAAGGCAGAGGAGAAGGUCAAGCAGGCCAAGGAGGAGCUGCACAAGCUUGCCGCCGCCAAGCGAGCGAGCCAUCUCAACAACCUGCACAAGUCUGAGCGAACAACUUUGAAGACGUGGAAACGCGAUGCAGAAGCAAGCACGGACCCUGUGAUGUCUUGCUUGCUCUCAAGGCAUGUGGUCAAGUGGUAUCUCGAGCAUGGCAUCAAGCCGAUCGAUGCUCUCAGAGGGUCGCGCGCCUCCAUCAUGUCGCUCAGUCUGAAGCCGAAGCAGCAGGAAGCACAACAGCCAAGAUCAGCUCGAAAUCAUCUUGCUGACUUCAAAGUUUCAAAGUCUGAUUUGAAAUCAAGCUCUCAGAAUGAGCUCAAGAAGGAGCAAUCAAUCAAGAUGUUGGAGAAUGAGGCCCGCGUGGACGGCUUAGCUCUGAUUCCGAUCAAGUUGGUCAAGGAUGAGAUUCACGACAUCGUCCACGAAGGGCUGAAACGUGACGCCAAGUGGGAGUCGACCGAAGGCCUUCGACCGGUCUCGUCAGCCGCUCCAACGUCGAGCCAUGGAGCUCAACGAGGGGAUGCACCUACCAAGAGAGCUUUGAGCUCCAAGGAGCAAGAGUCGCUUGAAUGGGAGCAGAAGCAUGGAAUGAAACUCUCCGCUCCUCGUCUUCCUCCUGCGAACAAGGUCCUGCUCUCGGCCAAGCGCGAGGAUCCUAAGGUUGUGCGCGCGGAGGAUGAAGCGAAAGGCAUCGGUAUGAAGGGCAUCGAAGCCCUCGGGUUCUCAAGUUCUAGUGCGUUCGUGAAGCACCUGGAGCGCGAGGGCAUCUGA